AUGAGAACUCUAUAUCUGCGAAACUUGCCCAGAAGACCUCAUAGUCAAGACAGCUUCAUCAGGUUGCUCUUAAGUUACAUCAACUCUGGUAAUAGAUAUGUGAGAGACCAUGAACUGCCAAUUCCUACAAUUGAUCUUACGCGGCUUCCAGAAUCCCCUCCACUAGUUAUCGAUAAUCCCAACUCACAGUUAGAUUCAAGUUCAGCCUUGAGGUUUUUGAAAGAUAAAUUAUUUGAUGAAGACAAAACGCAUGGCCUGGAAUCAAAUAGAGACGUGUUUAGAGAUCUUUUCACUGAACUACAGCAUGCAUCUAAUGAUGCAAGUGCUCGUCUAAGUAGCACAGCAUUCAAAAAACAUCUACAACAAUGCGCGGAAAAGCAUGGAUCACAAAAAGAUGUUCUUCAUAGCAAUGAUGAGCAAAUCACAAACAUGCUGAAAAAUUUCAAGCAAGCUUUCUGUGAAAUUCAAACUCUACCCAUAAUCGAUCAAAAGUAUGGCAUUCUCUCUAUUACCAGGGCGGGCAGUACUAAGCACAUAUCGCAUGGCUUUAUCACAUUCACGGACUCUGCGAAGUGCCAAUCUUUCCUGGAGACAUUUCAAAAUAAGCUAGUAAUAAGAGGACAUAAAAUAGUUGUACGACCAGCUAAAGAAGAGUCUCUUCUGGCAUUUUAUAUGAUAAAUGGAAAGAAGGUAUUGAAACAGCUCACAAACAAAAGGAAGCAUGACAAGGCUGUACAAUCUGACGCAGAUAUUUUGCGCAAGAAAAAAGAACAGCGUCAAUUACGGAGAUUAAGAAGCAAAUUCAGAUCGAAAGGCUAUAGUGACGAUAAGAUCAAAGCUAUUUUGAGUAAAGCUAAAGAAAAAAGAGAAGGUGCAGAAAGGGUGAGCAAGAAACGCACAGCUGCGCAUAUCCAAGAAGGCCCUCAAGUCAAGAAAAAGAAGGUCUUUUUAGAAACGAGCUCUAAUCCUCCAAAUAAGAUCCUUCUUGUUCAAGGCUUGCCCGCGGGGUUCACCCAUGACGAAGUUUCUGAUCUUUUCCAUGGGGAAGGCUUGGUCGAAAUCAGAUUGGUCAGUGUUCGCAACCUUGCCUUUGUUGAGUUUGAUACGAAGGAAAAUGCUACUAAAAUCAAAAACAAGCUUGGUACAACGCACAAAGUGGGUGAAAGCAUUAUAUCGGUUGGAUUUGCUAAAUAG